AAUAAGAAAGAUAAUUGGUGGAAGAUUACGAGCACUAGCAUGUGGAGGAGCACCAUUAUCUCCAGAAACCCAUGAAUUUAUAACCACUUGCUUUGGUUCAAAAGUACUACAAGGUUAUGGAUUAACAGAAACUACAGCUGGAGCCACAGUUAUGGAUGUUGAGGAUGAUCUUCCAGGAAGAGUAGGAACACCAUUAAGUAGUUGUUAUAUCAAAUUAGUUAACUGGGAAGAAGGAAAUUAUCAUGUUACGGAUAAGCCAAAUCCUAGAGGUGAAAUAGUUGUUGGAGGUGACUGUGUUUCUGCAGGCUAUUACAAAAAUGAAGCAAUGACUAAAGAAUAUUAUAGAGAAGAAGAUGGAAUAAGGUGGUUUUAUACUGGAGAUAUAGGAGAAGUAUUUCCUGAUGGAGCUAUAAAAAUUAUUGGUAUAAAUUUUCUUAAAAUAAUACAUUAUAGGAAGAAAGAUUUGCUAAAACUUCAGUUUGGAGAAUAUAUCUCUCUUGGGAAAGUGGAAACAGAAUUGAAGACUUGUCCUUUAGUAGACAACAUAUGUGUUUAUGGAAAUAGUUUCCAAACUUACUUGGUAGCUCUGGUUGUGCCAAAUAAACGUCAGCUAAGAACUCUUGCAAAAGAACUUGGAAAAGAACAACUUAACUUCAAUGAAUUAUGUCAGGAUUAUGCAAUUACUUCUGCUGUGGAAAAAGCCGUCAAAGAAUAUGGAAUAAAAUGUCGCUUACAAAAAGUUGAAAUUCCCACUAAAAUCAAACUCUGUAAAGAAGAAUGGCAUCCCGACACUGGCUUAGUUACUGCCGCAUUCAAGUUGCGUCGAAACAUUAUUCAACAGUUUUAUCAGAGAUACAUCGAUGAAAUGUAUGGAAGCGAAAUCAAUGGUCAAUCAAAAUCAACUUGA